CAAAAAACAAAAUAAAUAAACACACUUGCUCUAAUCCUCUAAAUAAUAAUAAAUAAAAUAAAACAAUUUACAACGAAUCAAGUGAUAUUAGAGUUUUAUAUUUUGCCUUGUCUUGCAUGUGUAACAUUUGCAUAGCAUAGACUCUAUGAUUUUUAACUAUGCUAUUCAAACAUCACUGUCAUUUUUAAAAGAUUUUUCGAACUUUUAAAAGAAUGGAUAGAAUAUUACCAGAAAAGAAUAAAAUAUGUCGCCUGUGCUUAAGUGAAACAGUAAUAUACUACUCGCUGCUCGAAGAGGAUCGUGCUCUUUUCUUGGAAACGUUAACUUCGAUAAAAGUUGACGAACAUGGUCCAAUGCCUACAAAUGCGUGUAUUAAAUGUUGCUUAAGUUUGAAGUACGCCUUCCAAAUUCAACAGAAUAUACUCGAAGCAGAUCGAAAACUUCGCUUACUAAACAACCAAGUAACCGAAAAUGAAAACGUAUUUGUCUUUUCGAAGAGCGUAGAAAUUGCCAAAAAAGACUGUAAUAAUGACGAGGCGGAAAUCGUCGAGAAGGAUCUUUUCAAAACGUUAUUCAACAAAGAGAAUGAAUUCGACGAAGAAAUGCCCCUAACAAACUUUCACGAAAUAAAGACUGAAAACUCGCUACUCGACAGUUUACCUGAUGAGCCUGAUGCUGUGCUAAUAAAAACUGAGAACGAACAUUCCAUAGUUCAGAACGAAAAUGUCAUAGAAUUACCAGUUAUUUUAGAAGACUCCAACACAGACAACGCUACUCAAGCGUGUAAAAUUUGCGGUCUCGAUUUCCCCGAAAAAGAAUUGAUGGAGCAUAUCCAAUUUCAUUACUUUUCCACUGUCAAAUGCGAUGAAUGCAAUAUGCCUUGUGAAAACAUCCAUUCUUAUAGAUCACAUUUACUAGAGGAGCACAAGGACAUACCCGCUAAUAAGAAUUGGGUUUGCAAGAUUUGUCAAGUGCGGUUUCUGUACAAACCCUUGUAUAUUAUCCAUUUUAGAAGUGCACAUCCGGUUAAAACGAAAACCCUCGAAGAUCAAACGGGGGCCUUCCCAUGUUCCUAUUGUAAGAAGAAGUUUCACAACGAGAAACGACGUGAUGCUCACAUGUCGGUGCACAAAAAGAAGCAAUGUGAUAUAUGCGGCGUUUACAUCACGCCUACAAACUUCCCUGCUCACAGAAAAUCCCAUUUAGAGGAGGAAGUAGAGUGCCCCAUUUGCGGGCGAAAGUACAAGAACACCGUCUCGCUUAAGGGGCACAUCCAUUACACGCAUUCGCAGAGAACAUACAUGUGCGAAUUCUGCGAGAAAACCUUCAAAAAAUCCUACAGCUUGCUGUUGCACAUUAAAAGAGAGCACACCGGUGAAAAAUCCCACAUUUGCGAUCUCUGCGGCAAAAGUUUCCUGACGUUCUACAAUUUGAGCAAGCACAAAAAAAUGACCCAUCAGAAACUGCGCCCCUUUCAGUGCGAGUACUGCCAGAAGAAGUUUUCGUCUAAAUUCGCCCUUCGAACGCACGAGCGCCAGCACACCCUGGACGCCCCAUUUAAGUGCGACCUUUGCAAUCAGAGCUUCCGCCAGAAAGUGUCUCUGAAGAGCCACAAGAAGUCUGUGCACAACGUCGAGGAGCCGCUGACUUGCGCUUGCGAGGUGUGUGGAAAGCGAUUCAGCAGCAAAUUUGCUGUUAUGAGCCACAUGAGGCUGCAUUAGUUGUUUGUAUUUUUUGUUGCAUUUUGUAUUGUUGUUGUUUGGUAAUUUUUUAAUAAACGUUUGUUA